AUGGCUACUUCAAAAGACCUACCACCAUUAGACGUCGGAUUCGGCAGUGUCUUCAUGAAGAAUCAGUUUCGGACCAAGCCCCAACAUCCGCCGAACACAACCGAUCUUACAGGGAAAGUCGCCCUCAUUACUGGAGCUAACACCGGCCUGGGAUAUGAAGCUUCUAAGCAAAUGCUUGCUCUUCGUCUAUCUCAUCUAAUCAUCGCUGUCCGAAGUCAAGCAAAGGGGGACGCAGCCGCCUCCAAACUUCGAAAAUUGCACCCAAAAGCAAAAAUCGAGGUCAUGAUCGUGGAUAUGAGCAAGUACAGUUCCAUACAGGAGUUCGCUGAGCGCGUCGACAAUACGCUGUCUCGACUGGAUAUUGCCAUUCUCAACGCAGGUGUAUUUAAGUUAAAAUAUACCACGGAACCUAGCACCGGCCACGAGCAAAUUCUCCAGGUGAACUACCUGUCGACGAUAUUCCUUGCCAUCCUGCUGCUCCCUAUCCUCAAAAGGAAGUCUCUACCCGGAACCCCCGGCCGGCUUACAAUUGUCAAUGCGGCCUUGGCGCUCACAGCACCUCUACCAAAAGCCGACGGCCACAAAUCCAUCAUAGCCGCUCUAGAUGACCCAAAGUUCUUCGCCCCGAAUACCGACAAGAACUACAAUUUGUCCAAAGUCUUAGGCCAGGUGUUUACCUAUAAGCUGAGCGAGUACGUAUCUGCGGACGAUGUAAUUGUCAACUUAGUUUGUCCGGGUUUCGUCAAGGGCACCGAGCUUAGCCGGGACGUUACUAUUAUCCUAAAGCACGCGAUGGCCCUAUUUUCUGCCAUAGCAGCGCGGACAGUCAAGGACGGUGCCUCGACAUACUUGGAUGCGGCUUUGGUCAAAGGGAAGGAGUCUCACUGUUCGUUCCUCAUGAGCUGGAAGGUUUCACCAUUCAACUCCUUUCUGUAUACCCCCGAAGGAAAGGAUGUCGCAGACCAAUUGUUUGAUGAGACGAUGAAAGAGUUAGAGUUCGCUAAUGUUAGGGGCAUUCUAGAAUCAAUGGGGGGUGCAACAGCAUAG